AUGGACUCAAACAAGAAACCACUGCUCUUCCUAGAUAUGAAACUGCGUGACUACCCAACGGACCCUAUCAAAACCCUCAUUGAUUCUGGCGCCACCUCCAACUUUAUAUCCCCCUCAUUAGUAGAACAACUUAAAAUCCCAAAAACCCUACUCAAAAAUCCACGAGUAGUGAGAAUGCUAGAUGGUACCAUAUCCCAGACUGGUUGCAUUUGGCACCAGGUUCAACUUGUGGUCUCAACCAAUGGCCACCCCCACACUAUCCCUUUCCUUGUUUGCCCCAUAGGCAACACACCGGCUAUUCUAGGCAUGACAUGGUUAACGGCAGAAGCUCCUUUGAUUGAUUGGCAACAGGGACUAGUCACCUUCCCUGAACAAGUUCAAAUUGCCUCCAAAGAAGAAGCGGACUCAGAUCCUUUAGCAGACCUUCCCCCUCAGUACCAUGAGUUUGCUAAAGUCUUUGGCAAAGAAGAAUUCAAGGUCCUCCCUCCACAUAGGGAGUAUGACAUCUCUAUAGACCUUGUCCCGGACGCCAAACUGACCCCUGGUCCCAUAUACGGCAUGACGGAUGCGGAAUCUAAGGCGUUGAAACAACACAUUGACGAGGAAUUGGCAACAGGCAAGAUUUGCCCCAGCACCUCAUCCGCCGGCGCUCCAGUCAUGUUUGUAAAGAAGGCAGAUGGUUCCCUCAGAUUAGUGGUUGACUACAGGAAGCUAAAUGACGUCACCCACAAAAAUGUCUACCCCCUUCCCAGGCAGGAUGACCUCAUGGCUAAGUUACAAAACGCCAAGCUAUUCACAAAAUUAGAUCUCCGAUGGGGGUACAAUAAUGUGCGCAUCAAGGAAGGCGACGAAUGGAAAACGGCUUUCAGGACCAAAUAUGGCCUUUUUGAGUACUUGGUCAUGCCUUUUGGACUUACCAACGCCCCUGCCGCUUUCCAACACUUCAUGAACGAUCUGUUCAGAGAUCUGAUUGACGUGACAGUAGUAAUCUAUUUGGACAACAUCCUUAUCUUUUCUGAGAACCCAGAAGAUCACCCUAACCACGUCAGAGAAGUACUGUCGCGCCUAAUGAAGAACCAGCUGUUUUGCAAGUUGUCAAAGUGCCAUUUCCACGUUACCACAGUCAACUACCUAGGCAUUAUUAUUUCUCCCUCCGGAUUCUCAAUGGACAAGAAGAAGAUAGAAGCUGUCACAACGUGGCCCACUCCCAGAACGGUCAAGCAGGUCCAGGCCUUCCUAGGUUUUGUCAAUUACCUCAGACGCUUCAUUCCCAACUUCAGCUCUGUAGCGCGUCCCCUCCAUAACCUCACUAGAAAGGAGUCCCCUUGGUCAUGGGACGUAUUGGAAGAACAGGCUUUCCAGGAACUCAAAGCAUUAGUCACCAAAGCGCCAGUUCUGAUCCAUUCAAACCCCAAUUUGCCUUAUUACCUAGAGACAGACGCGUCAGGCAUAGCUAUGGGAGCCAUCUUGAGUCAGCGGGGAGACGAUAACUGCCUACACCCGGUAGCCUACAUGUCGAAGUCCUUCUCUGGUGCCAAGGCAAAUUACAACACCCACAACAAGGAACUCUUAGCCAUCAUUAAAGCCUUGGAGGAGUGGCAUAUCUUCUUAGAAGCAACGGAUAGACCCAUACAGGUAUACACGGACCAUCAAAACUUGGAAUACUGGAUGCAGGCAAGAACAUUCAACCGCAGGCAUGCCUGGUGGCGCGUAUUCUUGAGCAAUUUUAACUUUGAAAUCCACUAUCGCCCAGGAAAGCAAUCAGGAAAACCGGACGCAUUAUCCAGAAGGUCAGAUUACGUAGACACGCCCCCAGAGCCAGAGAUCAUGUUACCAGCAGAAGUCUUUGCCAAUACCUCAGAGGAAGAAGUCGAAAUAGUCACAGAAAUUUGCUCCAGACUCAGAGAGGACCCGUCCCUGGAGCCCAUCAUCCAAUUCCUCACAGAAGACGCAGACAAUGCGCCUCCCUCCAUCCGGAAAGCUUACAGAGACUACAAUUGGGAAGAGGACCUGCUAUGGUACCGUGGGAAGCUAGUUGUCCCAGAUUCAGAAACCUUGAAAGAACAACUUCUGAAGGAAUUCCACAACUCCCCACUAGCGGGCCAUCCGGGCCAACAGAGAACCCUUGAACUUCUGAAUUGCAACUACUGGUGGCCAGGCAUGAAAUCAUCUGCCAAAGAAUGGGUAGAAUGCUGCCCCACAUGCCAGGCCAACCGCCAAGCUCACGCCCUGGUCAUUGCCCUCAAACCACUAGAAGUUCCCCCCUAUCCGUUCCACACCAUUUCCUAUGACUUUAUUACGGGAUUCCCAAAGUCAAACGGUCACAAUGCAAUCUUGGUAGUCAUUGACUCCUUUUCAAAAUUCAGGCAUUUCAUCCCAACUACCAAGAAGGUUACAUCCAAGGGUCUAGUGGAAUUAUUCAUCUCAAAUGUGUGGAAACUCCAUGGGUUACCGGUCAGAACAAUUUUGGACAGAGGGACUACGUUUACAGGAAAGUUCCUAAGGGCGCUCUACCAACGCCUUGGAGUAAAACCGUCCUUCUCAUCAGCCUACCACCCUGAGUCAGACGGACAAACAGAAAGGGUGAACCAGUUCAUUGAGUUCUACCUAAGAUUGUAUGUUGCAGCAGACCACUUGGACUGGGCCUCCUGGUUACCAUUAGCAGAAUAUGCCUACAAUAACGCAAGACACUCCGCCACUGGGAAAACCCCCUUUGAGUUGGUAUAUGGACAAAACCCUGUCAUGAACCCGUCCAACAUUCCAGCAAACAUACCAGAAGCCAACCAUGUGGCAGAUACUCUUGCUCAAGAGUGGAAAGAAGCAGAGGCAGCUCUCAGGAUGAGUAAGGAGAAAAUGGCUAGAAACAAGGGGACUAUACCGGAAUACUCAAUUGGUGAUAAGGUCUGGUUAGAUGGAAAAAACGUGGAGCUUAGAACAAACUCCAACAAACUAGACCCCAGAAGACUAGGACCAUUUGAGAUCACAGAGAAAAUCUCCAGUCACGCGUACCGCCUGAAACUCCCAGAAACCCUGAAAAUCCACGACGUGUUCUAUGUAGGAUUACUGUCCAAAGCCCACAAAUCUCCAAGCCAACCAUUCCCUGAAAAACCCCCUCCUGAAACAAUAGAGGGGGAAGAAGAGUACAAAGUUGAACAGAUCAUUAACUCUAAACGCCAACAAGGGAAAUGGUUCUAUUUGAUCAAAUGGAAGGGGUACGGCCCAGAAGAUAACUCAUGGGAGCCAGAAGAACUGUUGGAACACAGCCAAGAAGAGAUCAAGCAAUUCAACCAAGCUAGACUCAGAAAGGCUUGUGAUGCCGCCAAGAGCCUUUAA